CCUUCACCAAUUAGGUUCAACUACUCUCUAUCUAUUGCAGAUUAUCAUCAAAAGGAGGAGAGAAAAGAAAAGAAGAGAAAAGAACCAUUCUUGAAGAAAUUUCUCUCUUUCUCUCCGCGUCUGCUCAGCCCGUUUGCGCGUUUUUCUUGACAUUUCCAUUCCAACCCAAUAACCGGAGAAUCAGUCUUUCUCAUCUCUAAUAACAUAAAUUGAUCAUCAUUUCCAAACUUCAACAACUAUUUCCUUGAUUGAGAGCUGAAAAACCCUUGUUCCAGACUUCAACAACUGUUUCAUUGAUCUGAUUCGACAGUAACAAUGAUGCCGAAUUGGGAGCUGAAAAACUGCUGUCAGCGCGAUCAGACUGCCUUCCUCAUCACCAUUGGCAUCUUUUUCCUGGUUAUACUCUUGUUAUGGAGGACAUUCGUUUUGACACCAUUUAAACUCAUUACUGUGUUUCUUCAUGAGGUGAGCCACGCAAUUGCGUGUAAGCUGACAUGUGGUCACGUCGAGGGUAUUCAGGUCCAUGCAGACGAGGGCGGGGUAACACAGACAAGGGGUGGAAUCUAUUGGCUCAUAUUACCUGCUGGAUAUCUUGGAUCAUCAUUCUGGGGAAUGGUCUUUAUCCUUUCAUCUACAAAUCUUCUAACCACAAGAAUUGCUGCUGGUUGCUUUGCUAUUGCACUACUUAUUGUGCUAUUUGUCGCUAAAAAUUGGACCCUUCGAGGACUUUGCAUAGGAUUUAUCGUAUUCCUUGCUGUUAUAUGGCUUUUGCAAGAGUACACGAAAGUUAAAAUCCUUCGAUACAUCAUUCUCUUCAUCGGUGUAAUGAAUAGCUUGUUUUCUAUAUAUGAUAUCUAUGAUGAUUUGAUUUCUCGAAGAGUGAACUCGAGUGAUGCUGAAAAGUUUGCUGAAUUAUGUCCAUGCCCUUGCAAUGGUGUUGCAUGGGGAGUUAUAUGGGGAAUGAUCUCUUUAAUAUUUCUCUCAAUAGCUAUUUAUCUUGGACUUGUCAUCUUGUCUUGAGGGCUUCAUUUAUUCACAUGAUUAGAUUCAGAAUAUCAUUGUAAAAUUUUCCUACUUCUUCAAAGAUUAUGUAAAUCUUUCGAUUCUUUUGACCAUAAUAUUUAUAUUGGAGAAUGGAGAUGAUCCAUAUUUCUUCUCAAAUUCUAUAUUUAUUUAUUUGUAAAAAUUGAACUGUGCAUUCCAAUGAAAAAAAUCUACCCUUGUUUGGAAUAGGGAUUUUUGGUAUUAAUCUAACAUCCAUUUUAU